GACGACAACGAUGGCCGCUCAUUCCGGCUCCAGAUUUAUCCACGACUGGCUGCCCAACCCUCCACCUGCUGCAACCUUAGGGUGCAGAAGGAUGCCACAGCGGCCUCCGUGAUCUCAGACGCUGCCUCGGAACUGGGGCUGGACCCUGGCCGCCUGUAUGUGCUGGCAGAGGUGAAGGAGUGUGGAGGGGAGGAGUGGGUGCUGGAAGCCGGAGAUCUGCCAGUGCAGAGGUUCCUGCUGUGGCCUCGGAAAGCCCAGGAGAAACACCAUCAGAGCCUUGGCUUUUACUUCUUACUACAGGAGAGGAACCAUGACGGCACUAUCCAUUAUGUCCACCUCCCUCCUGUGAUCAAGGAGCAGGAGUCACAGCGACUAGCUGAGAGGGGCUUCCUUCCCCGUCCACAAGAUGACUUUGCAGACCUCUGUAACCUCCCUGUCCUCACUGAGGACAGCAUAUUAAACAACCUGCGCACACGCUUUUCCAAGAAGAAGAUAUACACCUAUGCAGGCAGCAUCCUCAUUGCCAUCAACCCCUUUAAGUUCCUGUCCAUCUACAACCCUAAGUAUGUCAAGAUGUACGAGAACCACCAGCUGGGCAAACUGGAGCCUCAUAUUUUUGCUAUCGCAGAUGUGGCCUACUAUGCCAUGCUCAGGAAGAGGGUCAACCAGUGCAUUGUCAUCUCUGGUGAAAGUGGCUCAGGCAAAACCCAGAGUACCAACUUCCUGAUCCACUGUCUGACCGCACUCAGCCAGAAGGGCUAUGCCAGUGGGGUGGAGAGGACCAUACUGGGGGCAGGACCAGUGCUGGAGGCUUUUGGGAACGCGAAGACAGCGCACAACAACAACUCCAGCCGCUUUGGUAAAUUCAUCCAGGUUAAUUAUCUGGACAAUGGAGUGGUCAGAGGUGCUGUGGUGGAGAAGUACCUCCUGGAGAAGUCUCGGCUUGUCUCCAGAGAGAAGAAUGAGAGGAACUACCAUGUGUUUUAUUACCUGUUGUUGGGAGCUUCAGAGGAGGAGAGGAAGGAGUUUAAGUUGCUGCAACCCGAAGACUACUUCUACCUCAAGCAGCAAAACUUUAAGAUAGAAGAUGAGGAAGACCUGCGUCAUGAUUUUGAAAGGCUACAGCAGGCGAUGGAGAUGGUUGGCUUCCUUCCUGCCACCAAGAAACAGAUCUUUUCUGUGCUCUCGGCGAUCUUGUACCUGGGCAACGUGACCUACAGGAGGAAGUCAACAGGCCGAGAUGAGGGGCUGGAUGUGGGACCACCAGAGGUCCUGGCUACCCUCUCUAACCUGCUAAAGGUUAAAGAGGAGUUGCUGGUUGAGGCACUGACCAAGAGGAAAACGGUGACGGUCAAUGACACGCUGAUCCUUCCCUACAGCCAGUCUGAGGCUAUCACAGCCAGAGACUCUAUGGCCAAAUCUCUGUACAGUGCCUUGUUUGACUGGAUUGUCCUACGCAUCAAUCACGCACUGCUCAACAAGAAAGACAUGGAGGAAUCUGUCCCAUGCUUGUCCAUUGGUGUCCUGGACAUUUUUGGCUUUGAGGACUUUCAGACCAACAGCUUUGAGCAGUUCUGCAUCAACUAUGCAAAUGAGCAACUGCAGUAUUACUUCAACAAUCACAUCUUCACUCUCGAACAGGAGGAGUACCAAGCAGAGGGAAUUACCUGGCAUAACAUCGACUACACAGAUAAUGUGGGCUGUAUCCAUCUCAUCAGCAAGAAGCCUACCGGCCUGCUCUACCUGCUGGAUGAGGAGAGCAACUUUCCUCAUGCCACAAAUGAGACAUUAUUAGCCAAAUUCAAGCAGCAGCACCAGGGGAACAAAUACUUUGUCCCUACACCAGUCAUGGAGCCAGCCUUCGUCAUUCACCACUUUGCUGGAAAAGUCAAAUAUCAAAUCAAGGAUUUCCGGGAGAAGAACACCGACUACAUGCGUCCUGACAUUGUGGCGUUGUUGCGGAGCAGCGACCGUGCUUAUGUGCGACAGCUUAUUGGCAUGGAUCCAGUAGCCAUGUUUCGGUGGGGCAUCCUGCGUGCCACCAUCAGAGGCAUCGCUGCCUUUAACGAGGCUGGUCGCUCCUGGGCCGCCAAAACUUCAGGUGUUGUCCGUCCAAUCACCAGAACUCCUUUAGGAGAGCUACAGCGGUCCAAUACUGCAAUAGAAAGAAUGUACAAACGAGCUUCAAUGCUCGGCUUCUGCUUUGAUCACUCAGAGGAGCGCCCUCUAGAGGCCUUUGAAGACAUCUUUGCUAGCUAUGAGACUAAGAAAAACAUGCAUGAAGAGAUCGUCAGCUCCAUUAAGAACUUGCAGCUGGAUGGUGAGGACCCUCGUAAGCUGCUGCAGUCCUGGGGUCGCCUCCGCUUCCCGCGACACGUCCUCCAGAAAAACAAGAGCACCAAACAGAAGCAGGUCAUUCCCAAGAGUUUGCUUGAUUCUCGGUCUCUGAAGUUCAUUGUGAGCCUGACGCUGCAAGAUCACACUACCAAAUCUCUGCUCCACCUGCACAAGAAGAAGAAGCCUCCCAGCAUCAGUGCCCAGUUCCAGACUUCUUUGACAAAGCUGUUGGAAACACUGAACAAAGCGGAGCCUUUCUUCAUCCGCUGUAUCCGCUCCAAUGCUGAGAAGCUAGAAACGGUUCGUAUCAGGAGGUCAGGAUACGGAGCCAAGUACACAUUCCAGGAGUUCAUAGAGCAGUUUGGGGUUCUGCUGCCAAAGAGUGCCACUGCCUGUAAAGAGGACAUCUCAGCAUUGCUUGAGAAGAAGAUGUGCCUAGACCCCACCACUUAUCAGAUAGGCAAAACUAAGGUGUUCUUGAAGGAGCUGGAGCGACAGCAGCUGCAGGACACACUGCACGAGGAUGUCAUGCACAAGAUCAUUUUUCUUCAGUGCUGGUUCAGAGCUUGCUUGCAGAGGAAAGAAUUUCUGGAUAUGAGACGGGCAGCCAUCUUGAUCCAGCAUUCAUGGCGUAGGUACUGCAAAAAGGAGCAAAGGCGACGUGCUGCCAUUCUGAUACAGGCUGUGUGGAGAGGACACAGACAAAGAUCAGUGUACUGCCGCCAAAGACACGGUGCUACCAAAAUACAAGCCCUGGUCAGAGGCCACUCAGCACGCAGGAGGUGCCAGUCCAUGCGUGAGGAGAAACAGAGAAAGGAGGAAGCAGAAAAAGAAGCUCUGGAAAGGGCAGAAGAGGAGGAAAGGAGGAGGAAGGAACAGGAGGAAGAGGCAAGGAGAAAAGUAGAGGAGGAGGAAGCCAGGAGAAGGAUGGAAGAAGCAUUGAGAAAGGCACAAGAGGAGGAAGAAAGGAGGAGAGCAGAGAAAGAAGAGGCAGCCAGGAAAGCAUGGAAAAAGAGACAGGAAGAGGAGAAAAGACUGGCAAGAGAGCCUCAAACAAGGGAGGAUCCAGAUAUAGAGCUGGUCACAGAAGAGAUGCUGGAUGACAACCUCCAUGUCCUCGAGACACAGGGAGAGAGAGGAGGGAUGGACAGAAAGGUUGAUACGAGCUUGUAUGCAGAAGAUGAAGAUGAGGAACUGGAUUUGGAGACUUAUGGUACCCUGGCUGAGGCUGGACCCCAGCUGAAAAACCAAACACUAGGACAAUCAGAUUCAAAACCUGGUCUGCCCUCUGAUGGAUUCACCUCCAACGCAUUCAUGCCCACAUCUCCAGGUCAGUCACCAGAUGACGAGGCUCCCAGGACUACCUCCACGCAUUCCAAUGCUGAACAAAAGACAGUGCGACCUCCUGGUCUUAACAGGAGCCAGUCCUCCAAGAGCCAGGAGAAGAGAGAGCAGAGGAGACAGAGAGGGCUGGAACACAACCAGAGAGAGACUGAACGAGCUGCUUCCUCCUCCUCCUUAGGCAUCCUCAAGGAUCAAACACCCCCACUGAAGAGCAAAAGCCAGGAGCCCUCUAAGCUAAAAGAGCGGUCAGACAGCAAGGAGUUGGACCAGUAUACCUUUGUGGCAUGGAAAAUGAAGGAAGACAAGGGAAGCAGGAAGGAGGCCAAAACCUCUCCUCCUGCUUCAAGUCCUGUUCGUCCAUCUACACUGUCACUGCAUCCCGUUGACCCUGUGCCUGAGAGAAACGGCCUAGGGGAGGGUGGAGGGGCAGUGAACCUGCAGCGCCGUUCUGGGGCAAUAAAGGAGAAACCGGAGAAGUGGAGGGCAAGGAAGAGUGAGCGAGAAAACUCUGAGAGCACUAGCCCUCCUUCACCUCAUAACAGGGAGGAAAGGGAAAAAAGUCAACAGCUGAGUGAAACAUCAGUUGACAGUUUGUCUUCAGGUCCUGAAGGAGCUGCCACUGUAUCAGCCAGAGAGAGUUUCUCAUCAGAAAGCCAUGGUGACGGCUCAAAGGGACCCUACGCCAGAAAGAAACAGCAAGAUGGUUCUGGUCACCAAGACGUAGCCCAUUCCAUCCCAUCCACACCAGACAGGUCAGGUGGUUUCUUCAGCAAGAUUUUGAAAAAACGGCCCCACAGAGAGGCCCAGACACCAGACAAUGGAGAGCUGACACUGUCUCAGACUCUCAGUGAGAAGCCAACAGGAGGAGAAACCCCAACCUCUGGACAUCCAUCACGGCCUGUGUCCCAGCCGCACGGUGACCGUGCUGGUAAAAGUUUAGGCCGUAACCCUUCCAUAAAGAUUAGUCGUGCCACACGGGUCUCAGAGCAGUGGAACGCUUCACUGGAUCGGGAAAUCACUAACGCCAAUGAGUUGCGGCACCUUGAUGAGUUUCUGGGUAACCAGGUCAACGAUUUCCGCUCCAGGGGGAAGUCACUGUCAGCUACAGAGGCCAUUUUUGUAACGGCCACCAUGCAGUUCAGAGAGAAUAUAAAAGCCAUGUAUUCCCUCCCAAAACCCAUCAUUGGCUACAAAGGUCUGAUGACAGGCUACCAGAACAAAGUGAUCCACCUGGCAGGCGACAAGCAGAAAGGAGAAGUCCAGCUCGUGGUUAACCUGUUCCAGUCAGUGUUGGAUGGCUUCAUCAGAGGAGAGAUGAAGAAGGAAGAGGCUGAACCUGCAAAGCCUGCUAAAGCGAGGAAGAAGAGGAGGAAAAAAAAUGAAAGGCUGCAGAGCAUCUUGGAUCAUGUUUUCGACAACUAUCAGGUCAACAUCAUGCAGUCAUGUGACCAGUGUAAUUCUUACAUUUGGGGCAUGGAGAAAGCCUACAUGUGCAGCAAUUGUAAAAUGGUAUGCCACAAGAAGUGCAUCUACAAAAUAGUCACCGAUUGCUACACCUUCUGUGCCAAAAAGAGUGACGAGGACUCCAGCGGUCAGCAUUUCAGCGUGCCCGUGUGUCACCUGGUCAGCGAUAAGAACCCCGUACCCAUGGUGCUAGAGAUGAUGCUGGAACAUGUGGAGAUGAAUGGCCUUUAUACUGAGGGCAUCUACCGCAAGUCUGGCUCUGCCAACCGCAUGAAGGAGCUGCACCAGCGACUAGAGACUGACCCCCACCUGGUCUGCCUUGAAGACUACCCCAUCCACACAGUGACGGGCUUGGUGAAGCAGUGGUUGAGGGAGCUGCCAGACCCACUCAUGACAUUUGCACAUUACAGUGACUUCCUGCAUGCUGUGGAAUUGCCAGAGAAGCAGGAACAGCUUCACGCCAUCUACAAAGUUCUGGAGGAGCUUCCUGCAGCAAACUUCAACACAUUGGAGAGACUCAUCUUCCACCUUGUCAGGGUGUGUAAAGAGGAGGAGCACAACCGCAUGUCUUCUAACUCGUUGGCCAUAGUGUUUGCACCGUGUAUCCUGCGCUGCCCGGACAGCGCUGACCCACUGCUCAGCAUGAAGGAUGUUGCCAAGACCACCACGUGUGUAGAGAUGCUUGUCAAUGAACAGAUCAGGCGCUACAAUGAGAAGAUGGAGGAGAUCGAGCAGCUGGAGUACGCUGAGGCUCUGGCUGUUAACCAGCUCAAACUCAAGAGACAAAACACGCACUACUGGCAUUUACCUCUCAGGUUCUCAGCUCCUUACAAAGGAGUGGUGGUGCAUGAAAAGGCCAGUUCUGAUCUCAGUGUGGUCCCUGAGGACGAGCCUCAGGACUCAGACACAGAGGCGGAGAAGAACCUGGUGGAGCGCAUCAAGUCCAUCAAACAAGAGAAAGAGGAUCUGGCGUGUCGGCUGCCAGAGAUGGAGCAGCCUGGUUCAGACCAGGAAAACCUGGACUCCGAAACCUCUCUGAGCUCUGAGAGUCUUUUGGAUGAGCAGCAGCGCUCUUCUGCCCACAGCUCUGAGCCUGAAGGACGAGGCGACUCCCAGCUAAGGAGAUGCAAGCCAGUUUGCCUCACAACUGAACUGGCCCCGCAACCCAAAGAUGCCAGUGGUCGCAGCUCUCUGCCAAACCUCAAGCCUGCUAGCUCCACUUCCUCUAUAUCCAGCUGCGCUUCUUCAACCAGACACCCACUGCAACGCCGCAAUCCUAUCAUCCCAGACACAAUUAAACUCCCCCUGGGCAUCCUCUCCCAGCCUGCGGCCCUGGGUCCGGCUCAGACUUUCACUCCUCCUAGAAAUCGAGCAUUUAAAUACUUGCCUGGGAGAAGAGAGCAGCCGGGCCGCCGGAAAGGCAGCACCCAGUCCCUGUACAUUGACAACCCAGACUGUGAUCUGCUGUUGCAUUUUUCCUCCUCCCCUCCCUCCACUUACUCUUCUUCCUCCACCAUCUCUAUGGCAGCAUGUUCUCCUCAGAGCCAGCACCACGAGACACAAGCCUCAAAGGGCCAGAGACGUUUUUCUGACCCAGACAUACCUUACAUGGAUGAGGACGUCUGACAAGGACAGGACAGCAAGGAUGGAGAAGAGGAUUGAGGGCAACAGCCUCUGAGCAGACUGAAGGAAAUGCAUAUAAAUGGCUUACAGAGUUGCCACAGAUGAGAGUGAUGGACUGUAGAAAGCCAGGAGAGGAUAAGAGUCAAGAAUCACAUAAAGGAGCAUAACCUGUCUGUGUGAAUUAUUGAAUGUGAUGAGUGGAGUGGAGGCUGUUCAGUUGUUGAUAUCAGGGGAAAACUCAUCAAGGACCUGCAAAUGUGUCUAAAGUGUAGUUGUCCUAAUGACAGUAAGAGUAACUGGAAAAGAUGCCGCCAAGCACCUUUUCAUUUUAAUAUACGCUGGGACCGGAGCUUGAUUUUUCUGCAGCCUUAUAAUAAUGGACCAGCAGUUCUUUUUUCUUUCUUGUGUUUUUUUAACUCAUCAGCGCUAAUUCAAAGAAAUAAUAUAGAUUCCAUUCGCACUUUUCAUUUUCUUGUUCUCCUGAAGAGCAAAACAUUCUCACUUAAAUGUUAGCUAGUGCCUUGAUAAUGUACAGUAAGUUGCUCAAACAUUUCUCAUGUUAUUAUGGAACAGUCCUCAUAGAGGGAGGGAGGGUUAUUUGAGAUAAAGAGAGUACCGUUGUGUCAGAUUUUUGUGUUUAUUGUACUGAAAUAAUAUGCUCUGAUGUACAAGAUGUGCUCAAAGCAAGGACCUAAACAUGCACAUUGUGGCUGUCAGUCAAAGGACAGGAAUCUAUUCACCGUCACCUUUCUGCUGCACGACAAACAUCAGAUAGAUAGUCACCGAGGGGAAAUGGGAGUAUCACAUGCCACUUUUUCCUUUGGAACAAUGAAAUAAUAAACUCAGGCAAGAUGCAGCAGGUGUGCCACUGUCUUUUAAUCUCAAAGUCCUUGAACUCACAUUACACUUUUUUAAAAUAAAUUCAGCUAUGGACAGUCCUUUAAUGAACAGGUUUGCUGAAGCACAGCGAUGGUCAACAUUGUAUGGGAUGUAAUACUAAUGUUCCUCUCUGCUGUUGAAUGAUGUCUGCUAGUUUGUCUGUAUUAUGAGGAGGAUGUUUAGCACAGUGUAUGACUGGGACUGAAUGACGUGAAAUGUAAUGGUUAUUAGUGUUAACAACACAAUACAGAACAUGAUGCUUGUAA